AUGGAGCAAACAAUGGCAAGGCUGGCACAAUACCAGAUGUCAAAUUUCUUCGAGCAGAACGCGCCGAUCACGCAAGAUCAGUGCAACGAAUAUGCCGCGGCUAUGACCGGCGCGUCCGUCACACCGACAGCUGUGCAGGGCGGAAGUAGCUAUACUGUCGUGGCGGGCACGUGCAUUGUGCAGUUUCGCAACCAGGACUCGCCCUUUGACCUAGAGUUCUUUGGCUACAUCGAACAAGCCUACAAGGGCUUCACGCCGCUGCACGAGGGCCGUGGCCGACUGGGCAGCCUCCACGUGUACAAGAUGACCAACGUGGGCGGCGUCUCCAUGUAUCUCGCGCGCGAAGCGCUGCACAAAGACGACUUCCGUCUGCUCGGGGCAACCGUUCAGAGCUUUGCCAGGUUCUUUGCCUCAGCCUGGCACAACACGCCUGCCGCCACGCCGCGCAAAGAUCCGCGUGUCUUGUCGGCCGAGUACGUCGAGCAACUCACGAUGCUCAGAGAGGGCUUGCCCGUGCGCUUCCGCCUGACGUUGGAAGGCAUCAUUGCACAGCUUCCGCGGCUUUUCACAGAGGACUGGCCCCAGGUGCCCAACCACAUUGACCUCCUGGAGAACAACAUCCAUGUAGACCCAACGACCGGAGCCGUGACUGGCGUCUGUGACUGGCCUGGGGCGGCCAUGGGUCCGUUCGGCAUGUCCCUCGGGGGACUUGAGACCAUGCUCGGGGUGAACCGGGUGGCCAGAGGCUUUUGCUAUCAUCCCAAGCAGCAACAUCUACGAAAUCUCUUCCACGAGAGCCUCGAGCAAGACUUGGGGUCCGUCUCGGACGACGACCGUGAACGGAUGCGCGUCGCCACUCUGGCUGGUCUCUUUCUGGAAAAUGGCUUUGCCUAUACAGAUGAAGGUACCAAAAUUCCUGCGGGAGAGGGUUCCAUGGAUCUGGCAUAUCUCGACGUGGUUCUUCCGCGCCUGGGGCAAUCGAAAUCGAGUGCUGGUAAUGCUGAAACUGCUUGA